AUGCAAGAUACAGAAUAUUUUGACGACUUAGCAGAAACUUUGACAUCUGACUUUUACAACCACUUGUUUUCAUACUUUAUGACAUUAGAUAUUUCUAAGUUCAAUCCAAGACAAAUUCCACAUACCGAAGAAAGACAAACAUUGUUAGAAGCAAACAAGAGUGUUUAUGAACUAUUCGUAGAUGAAACUGACUUUGUGUCAUUAGAUGAAAGGUCUUUAUAUGAUGAAUAUAAACAAUAUUGUCAAGAAUAUGGUUAUAUGACAGCGUCUAAACGUACAUUCUUGGCAAAUGUCAAAAAUCUUUUAGAUGUUCAGAAUGGCGUAUAUACAAAGAAAAAUUUUUCUGAGUAA